AUGCGGAUUGUCCGAUUUCUUCAUUCCCAUUGGCACUCGGGAUCUCAUACUCAAGUCCGACAGUGUCGACAUAUUCAGUUAGCACGUUCCAGACAUGAUCGAAAACCAGCUUACUGGCACCACACACAAACCGUGGCAUUCUGCACAAGGCAGAGACCCCCAAAUCCAAACCCCAACGGAAGCCCGAGACCCAAAAGACCAUGGGAACCAGCGUUAGCAUUCCUCGACUGGUAUUCGCACUCGCAAAGCCGCCGACCAUACCUCAUCCAGCUAUGUCUCACGCCGGUAAUAUAUUGCAUUGGCGAUUUCUCGGCGCAGAUGAUCGGAGAUGACGAUUUCGACCCCCGCCGCUCCUUACGAAGUAUGAUCGUCGGCCUUGUUAUCGCUAUUCCCAGCCGUGAAUGGUUUCUGUUUCUCGGGCGACAAUUCAACUACGCUCAAUCUCCAACCCUAUCCCUCUGCGCGAAAGUGGCUGCCAAUCAGCUCUUCUAUACCUCGUUGUUCAACGUGUAUUUCUUUGCAUUCCAUGGACUUCUCUCCGGCGAGGGACUCAUGGGUGCCGUCGAACGCGUGAAGAAUACUGUGCCGACUAGUAUACCCAGGAGCUUCCUCUACUGGCCUUUGGUCACGGCGUUCAAUUUUACCUAUGUGCAGCCUCAGUCUCGCUCGGUGGCUACAUCCGUCUUUGCUGUCUUUUGGCAAUCGUACUUGAGUUGGUUGAAUAGUUCGGCGGAAAGGGGAACGGAGAUGCGCAUUUGCCAACCUGUCUCGUCUAAUGUGGGUGAGGUGGAAGAUCUUGAUCGUCAGCUUUUAUUGUUUGAUGAUGACUAA